GAUGACUAAAAAUAUGAACAGAAACAGGUGCUGCCUAAUUUUGGGUGUAUAAUUAAUUGUAGAUGAUAUAAAUAAUGUUUAAUUAUAAUGUCUGUAACAUUCAAGCAAGUGAUAAUUUAACGGAUCGGAAAAAGCUACCAUAAAAAAGGACAAGCAUUUUGUGGUCAUUUAGGAUAAGGAACUCUAGGAGUAGCAGGUUUGGAUAUACCUAUAGACGGAUUGUAUGAAUAGGUUUCUGAAUUCCACAUGACUGCCAUGACCGAGCUAAAAGAGAUGAACCAUGGGCAGGACCCUGGGAACAUUGGGGUCUACCCCUCACCCCCAGAGGUGGAGGAAAAGGAGGAGAACAAUCUCGAGGUGUCCAUUGAGGAAGAGGAGCCCAGCAGUCCUAAGUGUGCUGCAGUGGGAGUGUGCUUUCACAACUGUAGCAAACCUGUGAGCACAAAGUACCACCCUCUCUCAGAGGACCCUGGUAAACUGGAGCGCCUGCGCUACGCAUUCAUGUGCCCACCACACGGAAAUCUUGCCAUGUAUAUUCAAUUCUUUGUGCUAUGUGCUGUGACUUGGGUGGUGCUCAUUGCCCUGACUAAAGACCAGGCUCUCCCUGGGGGCAAUAUCUUUUCUCUAGUCAUUCUUUUUACUGCAGCAGUAGCGGGGGGAUAUAUAUUCUCUUUGUGUCGGUUACCUCCAUUAUUGGGUAUGCUUCUUGUUGGGGGGAUGCUGAGUAAUAUUCCAGUCAUCAAGACAGUAGGCCAGGGACUAGAUCUACAGUGGUCCGGAGCUCUCAGGAAAAUUGCCCUGACUGUGAUUCUGAUCCGAGCGGGGCUGGGGCUUGACCCCGUGGCGCUGCGUAAGCUGUCCUUCUCCGUGCUGAGACUGGCCUUCGCCCCCUGUCUGGUGGAGUGUCUAACUGUGGGGGUGGCCUCUCACUUCCUGAUGGGGCUGCCCUGGGUGUGGGGCUUUUUGUUGGGGUUUGUUUUAGCUGCAGUAUCACCUGCUGUUGUAGUACCUAGUCUCCUCAGUCUCUCAGACAGGGGCUACGGUCUAGACAAAGGAAUCCCCACUCUAGUCAUUGCAGCAGCCAGUGUGGAUGAUGUCUUGGCCAUCACUGGAUUUGGGGUGGUCCUUGGAAUAGCCUUCACUCAAGGAGAUGUGGCCCUGACCAUUGUGAAGGGUCCCCUGGAGGCGUUGCUGGGUGUGGCCUUUGGGUGUGUGGUCGGAGUGUUCCUGUGGUACUUUCCUUCCAAAAACGGGCCCAGUAGGAUGUUUUACCGUUCCUUGCUGUUGUUUUCUGCGGGAAUGAUGGCUACAUUUGGGAGUGAUGUGGUACAUCUCCCCGGAGCGGGCCCCCUGGGAUGUCUGACCUUGGCCUUUGUUGCAGCUUUCAGAUGGAGGAAGGAAAGAAAAGAUGGACAACCAGACACCAUCGCUGAGGUAGUGGGCAUUAUGUGGAUGUUGUUCCAGCCCUUGUUGUUUGGGCUUAUCGGGGCAGCAGUUAACUUUGACAACAUCAAAGAUUUAAACAGCUUAGGAUUGGGUAUAGCGGUGCUGGCCAUUGGGCUAUUUGUGAGAAUAAUUGUGUCUUUCUGUGUGGUAUUUGGGUCAGGGCUCACCAUCAAAGAACAAAUCUUUGUUGCUCUUGCCUGGUUUCCCAAGGCAACUGUUCAGGCUGCCAUUGGUGGACUAGCCUUGGACGCUGCCAUUAAACUGGGUAACGCUGAGAUGAUUGAAUGGGGAACCAGUGUACUAACUACCGCAGUGCUUUCUAUCAUAAUCACGGCUCCCAUUGGGGCCCUAGCAAUAGCCAUUUCUGGCCCUCUACUUCUGAACAGAAUUGACCCUAAAACAGGACUGUUGGUUUCUAAAGACAAUGACAAUCCAGAAGAAGCAUCCAUGUUAAACAAGGAAAACACUGAACCUACAGAGGAGACAUAGUGAGGGUUUAUGGGUCUGGACUUCAUUCUCAGGGAGAAUACUUGGCCAUGAAUGCGUGAAGUACACAUAUCACAUCAAAUCAUGUAUUAAUUUUUACAUGGAGUGUAGAAAGUAUGAAUGAUGAAUCAUUUCAUACUGUAUAUGAUUGUUCUCGUUUUAGAGUCAUUCGUUGGUGGUGCGGGGCGGGGGGGGGGGGGUCCAACAGAUAAUUUUCGGGUGAGUUCAAGGUCUAAAGUGUUUUGUAAUUCGACUGAAUUUUUUACAGAUGAAUUUAAUUUUUUCCAGGAGGGGGGUGGGGGUCAUGGCCCGCUGGACUUCUUUGUUACCUUUCGUUCCGAAAGUUUCAUUGCUUUUUCAUAUCAUACACAAGACUGUUGUAAAGAAUAUGUGCAGAAAAUUAAGUCUUGAACAGAGUAUUAAAAGUAGAUUUGUUGACAAACCCACACUUGUCGCUGUUAUAUCAGGAGUUAUUCCUCUUGUCAUAACUACCGUAUUCAUUGUUGCGCAGCUAUGUUGAUCUUUUAUGAAUUUAUAUUUUAGAAAUAAACAAAUAUAUAGACAUUUA